UCUUCAAAAGUCGUAAAUCAAUUUUCAUCAAAAUAAGGCCUUAAAAAGUAUUAAACUGUCUUAAAUUCAGAUUUCAUUGGUCUUAAAUAUUUGUGUGCCAUGUCAGUGCGAAAAUGCGGGCAAUCUGUUCUGCCAGGUCAAAUAUUUUUUUUCCGGUAGCCUGUGCGCUGCGUUGUCUUUGGUUAGGUCAGAGCGUAGACUACUGCGCAGCUGUAGCCCCACCCCCCCGAUUACGCCACUGCCAGGGCUCCUGUUUAUUGGUUUUAUCAUCUAGCCAGGGCUCCAGCCUGUUCGUUUAUAGAUUUUGGCGCGAUUCAGACCCCUCACUACGAUAUAGACACUCGACUCUGAAACAUGGGUAAGUGUAAAUUUAAUGAUAAAUGGCUCGAGAAGGACGAGUAUGACUGGUUAAGGUCGGUGCCUGGUAGCGCCUAUGAAGCUCGGUGCACUGUGUGUAAAAAAACCUUCAAACUUGGGACAAUGGGGAUCGGAGCGGUGGAAUCCCAUGUCCAGAGCCAGAAACACAAAGCUUACUCAAAAGCAUGCCUGCAGCCUACAAUUACUAGCUUCUGCUCCACCGCUAGCAAUGAUGUAAUUGACAACGCUAGUGUUGCAAUAGGAAAUCCACAGCCUGUUACAAGCAUGCCAUCUGACCGCGCAAUUUGUGGCUCUACGCCAACACUGCGAGCAGAGGUGAUUUGGGUGAUGAGGACCGUGACAAGCCACCAUUCCUGCAGGUCCAAUGACGGAAUUGAUGACUUGUUUAAAGCGAUGUUCCCAGAUUCUGCCCUUGUACAGUCUUUUACAUGCGGGAAAGACAAGACCAGAUACGUUGCCAAAUUUGGAUUGGCGCCGUAUAUAAAAAAAGAGCUUGUCAAUGAAGUUCAAAAAUGCGGUGCGUUUGUUGUCAUGUUCGAUGAGACACUGAACCAGACAACCAAAACCAAACAAAUGGACUUGCAUGUGCGUUAUUGGUUAAAUGACCAUGUCCAGUCUAGGUUCUACGGAUCACAGUUCAUGGGCCACGCAACUGCCAAGGACCUACUUCAGCAUUUCAAAGAGCAUGCAGAUACAUUUGGAGGUGCCCAGCUGAUUGUGGUGGGGAGCUGUGGGCUUCACACACUCCACAAUGCCUUUAAAAGUGGCUUCAGUGUCUGGCAGAUGGAGAAAGUGCUCAGGGCAUUGCAUACACUCUUGCACAAUACCCCUGCUAGAAGAGAAGAUUUCUGCUCUUUGACCAAGUCAUCUGUGUUUCCCCUACCAUUCUGUGGGCAUCGCUGGAUCGAAAACCUACCCGUUGUCGACAGGGCUAUCACCAUAUGGCCAAUGAUGGUGAAGUAUGUGGAUGCAGUGACACAGAAAAAGCUUCCAAACCCUAGAACAUCCUCCUAUGACACUCUUGCAGAGGCACGGAAUGACCCUCUCAUAAUGGCCAAGCUGCACUUCUUUAUGGCUGUCUCUAGGACCUUCACCACAUUUCUGACUAAGUAUCAGACAGAUGAGCCGGUGAUUCCAUUCAUCGGUAAAGAUCUGGCUGUUCUCAUGAAGAGCCUACUGAAGAGGUUCAUCAAGGCAGAGAUCCUUAAUGACAUCACAGCACUGCAAAUGGUCAAACUGGACACAACUGCCAAGGAAGCAAGGGCUGGCCUAAAGGCUGUGGACAUUGGAUUAGGAGCAGAAGUAGUCCUAAAGGUGAUGUGAUUGUCCAACAAUUUGGAAAUUUCUUGUCUCUGGAGGCAAAACAUGAGUCAUUCUCCUCUUUCCAACCCAUGCGUACAAGACUGGACGUUUUCCUGCAUGGACUCCUCCAUCAAUCCUACCCUGAACUCUGGGCAUUCUGCAGGAAACUUCUGCUUCUCUCCCAUGGCCAAGCAACGGUUGAGAGGGGCUUUUCUGUAAACAAGGAGGUAGAGGCCGAUAACAUGAAGGAGGACACAGUGGUUGCUCAGAGGAUGAUCUGUGACUAUGUCUCUGUCUGUGGGGGGGUUCUCAAAGUACCUCUGACUAAGGAGCUUUUGGCAGCUGCAGCUUCAGCUAGGUCUCAGUAUCGGCUACACCUGGACCAGGAAAAGAGAAAGCAUGCGAGCAAUGCUCAAAGAGAAAAGAGAAAAGGUGCAGAAGACCACCUAGAGCAGCUCAAAACGAAGAAGAAGAUACUGAUUGAGGUAGCAAACAGCCUGGAAAAAGAUGCAGACAAGCUAGCAGAACAAGCUGAGGGUAAAUCAGGCACACUCAUGGCCCAGCUAA